AUGGCCGCCUCCACGGGUGCUGCGAGCGACGCUUCCUCCGACCCGCAAGGUCCGGGUCCGGAGCAGCCGACCCUCCAGUACAGCAUGAUCCUGGACCACCUCAUCGGGGACAAGAGGCCCGUGAAGGAGCUGAGCCCCGGCGUCAUGGGGGGGCUGCCGGUGCCCGCGAAAAGCGACGAGCAGAAGAUGAUCGAGAGGGGAAUGGAGAGCUGCGCCUUCAAGUCGGUCCUGGCCUGUGUGGGAGGGUUCGUCCUCGGCGGAGCCUUCGGUGUUUUCACGGCCGGCAUCGACACCAACGUGGGCUUUGACCCCAAAGACCCCAUGAGAACGCCAACGGCGCGAGAAGUCCUCAAAGACAUGGGCCAGAGGGGGAUGUCCUACGCCAAGAACUUUGCCAUUGUGGGCGCCAUGUUCUCCUGCACGGAGUGCAUCAUAGAAUCGCACCGCGGCAAAUCUGACUGGAAGAACGCUGUGUACAGCGGUUGUGUAACUGGAGGAGCGAUUGGAUUUCGUGCUGGUGUGAAGGCCGGGGUCCUGGGAUGUGGAGGCUUUGCGGCAUUCUCCGCUGCCAUCGAAUACUAUUUGCGGUGAACUGUUGAAAAGCAGCUCAGUGGACUUAAUCGUUGCGCACGUGAAGACUCGCACUGUGAGAAAUACAACUUUCUGAAUAUUUACCUACACGUGGACGAUUGGUGCAAAGGCAAGAAUGGAGGCAUUUGGUGGAAGCGACAGGUUCCUGUUUGUGUAUGUCGAUGCCACAGUGAACUGAAAAAAGAUCUCCUUCCUUUUUUUCCCCUCAUGUGGCUCUUUCCUUUUAUCUUGUUGGAUGAUCUUGUUGAGCCAAACAAACCGAGUCCAUGUGGAAAAUCAAGAAACUUUGCAGAGCGGGUCGGGUGUAUAAUGAUGAGAUGAAAAUGAGUCACGACCACCUCAAAUCAGACUCAGAUAAAACUUCUGUUCUAGUUGUAGAACGUUGGUGUUAUGUGUCAGUAACUAAUUCAAGUCAAGAUUGUUUAUAUUAAAGCUGUUUUUUUUUGUUAA